UGUUUGUAAUAGAGUGAAAAAGCGCGGUUAGGAUUGCUGACGCAACCUCCUUACUUUUUGUGCAAUCAUAUCCUGUAUUCCUAUUUAAGCCUUUUGUUUCCCAUACAACUUUCUGCAAUGGCCAAAUCGUCCCUGCCCUAAAUUCACUGGGGACUGCCAAUUUAAAAAGAAGAAGAAGAAGAAUGUGCUUCCCGCUUUUGUGGAGCAAAAGAUGGCAAAAGAAUCCUUAAAUUGUGCUAAGAUGUAUUGGAAACAAAUCAACGUUUUUAUCUAAAUUUGAGGUUCCUUUCAAAGCUCCGAUCAUUUCGUAGCAUCAAGCAUAGCUCAACAUAAUUCUUUAAAGAAAAAGAUGGACAUUGCCAGCCCCACUCCUCAAGAUCUACAAACAAAACUUUAUUUCUUGGUGGAACAGCUGCAGCACAUGGCUGGAAAGUUACCACUAAAGUAUCAAAUGCGUUUACCAUAUGAAUUACUAUCUGGUUUGGCAAAUUCGCUAUUGAACGACACUAUCUUUGAGAUAGUGAAAGGUUUAAUGGAGAUACAACAUGUCACUGAAAAACAUCUCUUCCAACAGCGACUUCAGCUCUUGAAUCAACAGAAGAUUGAAUAUCAGGAGGCAUUGUCGGCGACGAUGAUAGACAAAGAGCUAACUUCAAUAAAAGUAGCCUUAGACAAAAAACACAAGGAAGAAUUGAAACAAAUGGAUAUGAAAUUGGUAUUGCAAUUGGAUCAAAAGGUAGCUGAUCAGCAAAGCAUAUUAGAGAAGGCUGGUGUACCUGGAUUUUAUGUGACAAACAAUCCAGUGGAAAUUCAGGUGCAGAUGAGGCUAUGUGACUUCAUAAUCAGGCUUAGCAAAAUGGAUAUACCAACUUGAGAUGAAUUUAAUAUUAUAUUUUGUAUAAUUGCUAUUUAUUCAGCACUUUAUGGAUUAGCAAUAACAUUUUUUUAUUAUUACUAUAAUUAUUAUUUAACAUUAAAUUCUAAAAACUACUAAACACUGUAAAGAUUUGUGUUAUAGAAUAUAUCGUUUAAAUCAAAUUUUGUACUAUAUAAUAGAAGUUUUUUUAUAAAAACUAAACAAGAGAGUUAAAUGAA